GCACCUACCAUCUUAGGAACCUGCAGGAGCUCAUCAUUAUCAUCACUAGCAUCAUUAUUAUCAUCACCACCAGAACUUAAUCUUUUCAUCAAUUUAUAUCUACUUAGGUAUUUACACAUCGAGUUAUCAUCUACCCAUGGUGUUUCUACUGUAUCGCGUAGAACAGUAGAGCAUCGUCAUGGCUCGAAUAUCCAAUCUCGUAGCCGGCGCUCUGCUGCUAGUCAGCAGCGUUGCCGCGGACGGGCUCUAUACCCCCAAGCAUGAAGCCGGACGCUGCGCCAUGCGAGGUCAUUGCGGAAAGAAGAGUUUCUUUGGAAAGCAAGUACCGUGUGUCGAUAAUGGAUUAGCUACUACUCCUGAUCCGGAAUUCGCAAAGGAGAUCGAAGCUGUGUGCGGUCCAAAGUGGAAGGACAGUAAGGUCUGCUGUAAUGCCGACCAGCUCGAUGCUCUCAAGUCCGAACUAUCCACCCCUAACCAAAUCAUCGGUUCCUGUCCCGCCUGCAAGGAGAACUUCUACAACCUGUUCUGCUCCUUUAGCUGCUCCCCGGACCAAUCGUUAUUCAUCAACGUAACACAAACGGUCGAGAAGGGUGGCAAGUCCUUAGUUUCUGAAGUAGACCAAUUAAUAUCUAAAGAAUAUGGCGAGGGUUUCUACGAUAGUUGCAAGGAGGUCAAGUUCGGUGCUUCGAACUCCAAGGCUAUGGACUUCAUCGGUGGUGGGGCGAAGAACUACUCGCAACUCCUUAAGUUCCUCGGCGACGAGAAGCUCAUCGGCUCUCCUUUUCAGAUCAACUUCCCCUUGGAGUAUUCCGAGCCUGAUAUGGCGCCGAAGGAUAUGAAACCGAAGAAGUGUAACGAUGAAGAUCCGAAUUUCCGAUGUUCGUGUGUCGACUGCCCGGCCGUGUGCCCGGAACUUCCGGAAGUACACCAAGCAGGAUCGUGCCGAGUUGGCGUGCUGCCUUGUCUGUCAUUCGCCUCGAUAUUCACAUAUUGUAUACUUCUAUUCACCCUUGUCGUUGCCCUGGUCGGACACGUUGCUUGGGUCAAGCAUGCGCAACGGCGAAGUGAACGUCUGCACCUACUCCAAGCAGCCGAGCCAAGCGACGAUGAGGACGAGGGCGACCUUGUCCGUAACGGUGCUAUGUUCGACCAGCCACAAAGAAACUACUCGAUCAAUGCUUGGUGUGAUACCGCCUUUAGCAAGCUGGGCCAUCUUUGCGCGAGAUUCCCAGGAAUCACUAUAUUCCUUAGUCUGUUGGUAGUUAUUGUCCUAAGCGUUGGCUGGGUCAAUUUCACUGUAGAGAAGGACCCUGCGAGGUUAUGGGUCAGCCCAGACUCGCCAGCGGCUAAGGAGAAGGCCUUCUUCGACGAAAACUUCGGUGCCUUCUAUCGCGCACAGAAGGUCUUUUUGGUGAACGAUACCCAGUCGGAACCUGGACCGGUACUGAGUUACGAAACUCUCACAUGGUGGUCGGAAGUUGAAGCGAGUGUGAGGCAGCUCAAGACCCAAAAUUUUGGCACCACUUUCCAGGAUGUAUGCUUCAAGCCGCUUAGUUCAGCUUGCGUCGUGCAGUCUCCUACUGUCUAUUUCGACGGCACAAAGGGCUGGAAAUCACAGUUUAAGGAAUGUGCCGAAUCUCCCGUAAAUUGUCGACCCGAUUUUGGACAGCCAAUAGAGCCCAAUAUGAUUCUAGGUGGCUACGAAGGCAUCGACAAUGUCACCGAGGCGAGGGCUAUGACAGUAACGUGGGUCGUGAGCAACCAUCCCGAGGACACCCCGGAACUUGCCCAUGCUCAGGAUUGGGAGCGAACUUUGAAGAACCGACUCCUAGAGGCUCAGAAGGAAGCGGCCGAACGAGGUCUGCGACUUUCUUUCUCGACUGAAAUCAGCCUGGAAGAAGAACUAAAUCAAUCUACCAAUAGCGAUGCAACGAUCAUCGUAAUCAGUUAUCUUGUCAUGUUCUUCUACGCCUCUAUUGCCUUAGGCUCUACUAGUAUGAGCAUCCGCGAGUUGGUCAGGAACCCAGCCGUUGCACUGGUUCAGAGCAAGUUUACCCUUGGUCUUGUUGGUAUUGUGAUCGUCUUAAUGUCUAUUACAGCCUCUAUCGGACUCUUUUCCUGGGCAGGUAUCAAGGCUACUCUUAUCAUUGCUGAGGUCAUUCCCUUCAUCGUGUUGGCCGUCGGUGUCGACAACAUCUUCCUAAUCGUUCAUGAAUUCGAUCGUGUCAACCUAAGCCACCCAGACGCGAUGGUCGAAGAGAGGAUCGCUAGAGCACUUGGGCGAAUGGGUCCCUCUAUCCUUUUCUCUGCAAUUACAGAGACCGUCUCUUUUGCCCUCGGUGCAUUUGUCGGAAUGCCGGCUGUCCGAAACUUCGCAGUCUACGCCGCAGGUGCGGUAUUCAUCAACGCUCUUCUCCAGAUGACACUCUUUAUUUCUAUUUUAUCUUAUAAUCAGAUGCGGACUGAGGACAACAGAGCAGACUGCUUCCCCUGUGUUCAGGUCAAAGCAGCUCGCGUCCAUUUGAGUGGCAGCAACGGCACCAACGGGUCUCGCCCCUAUGAUGUACCCGACGAGUCCUGGUUGCAGCAGUUCAUUCGAAAGUAUUAUGCGCCCACUCUACUUGGAAAGAAGGUCAAGGUUCUUGUUGUUGCCACUUUCUUCGGCCUCCUAGCUGCCGGUAUCGCUUUAAUCCCCUACGUCAAGCUUGGCUUAGACCAGCGCGUUGCUUUACCCGAUAACUCCUAUCUCAUCGAUUAUUUCAACGACAUGUACAGUUACAUGGAUACCGGCCCACCUGUAUACUUUGUGACCAAAGACUUGGACGUCACGCAACGCGACAGCCAAAGAGACAUCUGCUCUCGUUUCACCACAUGCGAACAACUAUCUCUCACAAACGUUCUUGAACAAGAGAGGAAGCGACCUGACAUUUCCUAUAUAUCUUCCCCGACGGCUAGCUGGAUCGACGACUUCUUCCUCUGGCUGAACCCCGAUUUCGAAAAAUGCUGCAAGGAAAGCGGUCAUGUCUGCUUCUCCGGUCGAGACCCAGCCUGGAAUAUUACUCUUCACGGAAUGCCUGAAGGCGAUGAGUUCGUCCAUUACUUAGAGAAAUAUCUACAAGCGCCAACCACCGACGACUGCCCUCUGGCUGGCCAGGCCUCUUACAGUCAAGCCGUUGUUGUGGACACUGAAAAGACCACCGUUCCUGCAAGUCAUUUCAGGACUAUGCACAAGCCGUUGCGUAGUCAAGACGAUUUUAUCAAUGCCUACGCAUCAGCCCGUCGCAUUGCGAAUGACGUCAGCGCUAACACCGGCGUCGAGAUAUUCCCCUACAGCGUGUUCUACAUCUUCUUCGAUCAAUACGCUAGUAUCGUAAGCCUGACUGGCACGCUUCUUGGCUCCGCUGUGGCCAUCAUAUUCGUCGUCGCAUCCGUCCUCCUAGGCUCAGUAGUCACCGCACUCGUUGUCACAUUAACCGUUGUGAUGACCGUCGUUGACAUUAUCGGUGCCAUGGCAGCCUUCGACGUGUCCCUCAACGCCGUGUCUCUAGUCAACCUAAUUAUAUGCGUCGGUAUCGCAGUCGAAUUUUGCGCCCACAUCGCUCGCGCCUUCAUGUUCCCCUCCGGAUCCGUAAUGGAGCGCGCUAAGAACCGCUUCCGCGGCCGCGAUGCGAGAGCCUGGACCGCGCUUGUCAACGUGGGUGGAUCUGUCUUCAGCGGUAUCACCGUCACGAAGCUAUUGGGCGUGUGCGUCCUCGCCUUCACCCGUUCCAAGAUCUUCGAAAUCUACUAUUUCAGAGUCUGGUUAGCCCUUGUUGUGCUCGCCGCCACGCACGCCCUCAUCUUCUUGCCAGUGGCGCUAUCACUUGUCGGAGGAGAGGGAUACGUCGAUCCCGAGAGCGAGGGCGGGCUUGUCGAGGACCUGGCCAAUAGGCGGUACAGGGCCCUGGUUCCGGAGAGUGAUUCCGAUGACGAUGAUGAGGCGUGAGAGAAAUAAUGGAGAAGGGAAGAGCGGAACAGAGGUAUAUUCGAAGUAAAGUGUAUGAUAUAGAAGAACACGGGAUCAUAGACAGCACAGCAUUCACGGAACCACGGGCCAAGCGCAUUCGCUCUUUUUUUUAUAUCUUUUAUUGGAGUAAUAAAGAGAAGCACUAUUAAAUUGGGUUAACUUGGAAUCAGAUGGGAUAUGCGGGACGUGUGCUAUAUCAUUGGAAGAUGAUAAACUAAUUUGUAGAACAAACAAUACAGCAGUUUGAUACAUAUCACGACUUUCUUGCGUA